AUGGCAGAAGAGUGGGGAAAACCAGCAUUUGCUGCCAGGCGGUACAAUGAAGAUACCACCAGGGGAUCUGCUUUCGUCUACACAAACAGCAAUCAUACCAAAGAUCCUUUUGAGGGGCCCAAUUACCACAUUGCUCCACGAUGGGUUUACAACCUUGCAACACUCUGGAUGUUUGUCGUGGUCGUCUUAUCAGUCUUCACCAACGGUCUUGUCUUGGUGGCCACUGCAAAGUUCAAGAAACUCCGUCACCCUCUGAACUGGAUCUUGGUCAAUCUUGCAGUUGCUGAUCUUGGAGAGACACUUUUUGCCAGCACCAUCAGUGUAAGCAACCAGUUUUUUGGUUACUUUAUUCUCGGACACCCAAUGUGCGUCUUUGAGGGCUUUACUGUCGCAUGUUGUGUUGUACAGGAAUAA